UGGAUAGUUUCUAUUUUUUAUUUCCAAUGGUACAAACAGCAACGCCUUUGGCUCGGUGGGCUAGUGCAUAGACGCUGCAACCAUAUACCUCAGUGGGACCAGAGACCAGCGAUGGGAAAGAAAACUCGCACAGGAACAGGAGGACGCAGAACAAUACUGCAGCUUUUCCCACCUCGAAGCGGGGCCGUUUGUGGAAGAGAAGACUCUUUAGGUUCAGCAUCCGAAGACGAGCAGGAGGGUAACUCGGAUGAAUACAGUUUUCCAAGAGAAGUAACCACAGAAAUGAGGAUGCCCGUUAAGGCCACAGAGGGUCUUUCCCUCUUGGGGGCCUAUGAGGACAGUGAUGAAGAAGAGGAUGCCGACCCACAGCCUCCCACUGUCAAGACCCAACACCAGUCUGCAGAUAUACUCGCCAACUUCAUGGCCGAAAUUGACGCAAUCACUACACAGCCGGGCUCAGAGGAGCCCACAGGGGAUCUGUCGGCCCCAGCCCCCACCCCACCACGUCCAGAACCAAAAGCCCAGCAACAUGCCUCUGAGAUGGGGACAGAGCCGGAGAGUACUGGGGCGGACUUCCAGUAUGAUACCCAUACUUCACUCGCUGGAGUGGGAGGAUUGGAGAUGGGGGACUGGCAGGAGGUGUGGGAUGACAACACAGGUUGUUACUACUACUGGAACACUCAGACCAACGAAGUGGCCUGGCAGCUGCCUUAUUACCUGGCCCACCAGGUGCAGGGCCUGCAGCAGUACACAGACAGCUCAACAGUCAAUGGCAAUGGAGCUACACAGAGUGCAGGUUGCUAUGCUGAACAACACUCCACUGUUAGUGCCCUAACAUCCAAGACAAAAGUGGAGGUGAUGGAGAGUGUGGUGGCCCUUACCAGUGAGGAAGAGGAGCGUCAUGGUGUGGCCGCCUCCCUCCUCGGCCCCCUCAUCCCUGCAGAGGUGAAAGAAGCGGAGGAGAAGUGGAGGAAAAGGCUGGUGGGAGGGCUGGAGGAGAGGGAGAACAGCUUGGAGGAUAGCCUCCCAGGGUCCCCCGCUCCUCCACUGAAUGAGCCAGACACCCCCACACACCCCCUGAGGGACCAACGCAGCAGGAACCAGUCUGAGGAGGACUCUGAUGCAGAGGAGACAGAAGAGGACACCAUGGAGCUGGAGCUGGCUCUGGACAGGAAAAAGGCUGAGCUGCGGGCGUUGGAAGAGGGCGAUUGCAGUGUGGGGGGCUCCAGCCCCUGUUCUGAGGCCAGUCAGGAGGCCGCCGCCGGGCCUCAUAGCCUGCUUCCGAAAAAGGCCAUGUGGAAGACGGCCUUCCUGAGAGCAGCCAGCCCCGAUUCAAACAGCAGGGACUCAGAUACACGGGAAGAUCCAGACACAGCACAUUCCAAAGUCCCAGAGAAGGACGGGGAAGAGGAGGACAAGGAAACUGGGGACAAAAUGGUUACUAAUGUGCCACCAAAGGAGGAAGUCGAAACUCCAGAGCUCAAGUUUCAGAUCGGUGAACUUGCGAACACCUUAACCAGCAAGAUGGAGUUUUUGGGGAUCAACAAGAAAACUAUCUCCAACUUCCAGCUUCUUCUGUUACAGACUGAGACGCGGAUCGCUGACUGGCGGGAGGGGGCUCUGAACGGAUCUCUCCGCCGCAGGCUGCAGGAAGCCGCCGAGCAUAAACAUUACGAACUUAACGCCGCCCCUAAAGGCUGGUCGUGCACCUGGGCAGCCCCUCCCCCUGCCGACUCUCCCCGCCUCCCCCUCCACCCCCAGAGUCACCUCCCCCUCUCCCCCCCUCCUCCUCUGGAGGAUGAUGGAGAGAUAGAGGAGGUAGAGAUGGAGGAUGAUGAUAGCGAGCCUCCAGCACCUGGAACAGAGCCGCCACUCCCCCCAGGGGUUGUUGGCAUGAAGGUUGUGGAGUCUACAGCCUCGCUGGGUAAGAGUCAGAAACGCAAGGCUUCAGGAUCAGGUCAGCUGACCAAGGCUGUAACCAUUGGCAGCAGCGCCAUCCUCUACACACAGACCAUCGCCACAGCAGGAGCUGCCUACUGGGGUGUGUCUGCGGUAGCUACACCUCCACUGCCUUCUGAAACCGUGGCCCCACCUCUCCCACCUCCCCCUACCCGCCCCCCGCUACCCCCCACUCAGGCCCCCUCUGCCCUGGACCCCACAGGGUUUAAAACACUGCUAACAGACAAGACCAAGAAACUAAAGAAGGAUAAGUCGAAGAAGAGCAAGACGAAGAUGCCGUCCCUGGUAAAGAAGUGGCAGAGCAUCCAGAAAGAGCUGGACGAGGAGGAGCAGGCUAGUUCUAGCGACGAGGACAGGGACCAGCUCAACAAGAGGAGCAUUGAGGAGUGGAAACAGCAGCAGUUACUCACGGGUAAAGCUGGAAAGAACGCAAACUUUGAGGCUUUACCUGAUGAUUGGCGAGAGAGGAUGUUGAAGAAGAGGAAGAUGAUGAAGAGCACGUAACACACACUCCCCUCCCCGCCUACACACUCCUCCUAAACCUGACUCCAAACGUUGGAUAAGAAUGAGAGGACUGACUGUGCACUUGACUCUCACUGUCAUUUUGAAACAGGUUUUGAAAAGCCCCUCAUAUCUUCGUCUGUGAAUACAUUGGAUGGGCUUGAAUGUUUUUUUUAUUUUCUUGGCUGUAAAACCCACUAGUGUUUUUAUAUGGUAACCUGGACUCUCCUACCAAACUUCCCCCUCUACCUGUUUAAAGCAUAAAUGCCGUUUUCUGUGAAACGUUUGGCACUAAGAAUGCUGGAGUUUCUAAAUCUUUGUUUGUAAUGGAGAUCAACUCUUUGUUUUGACCUCCCCAUGUUCCUCUUGCCCAUUUUAAUAAAAUAUCAAUUAAUAACAUAUUCCUAAUAACUGCUGUUUCUCUGAGUAAUCCACUGUUCCAUUUUAUUAGAGGGUGGAUGGAAAUGCAAUGCGCUGUCUUUUCUAAUGCUUCAACUAUAGUAAUUGACAGUACUUUUAGUUUAUUCAUGGUAUGUCCUGAACAUACCCUUUCAGGUUUUCUUAUCUGACUUCAGAUGGGAGUUUUAAGUGAUGUAUAAAAGUGAAUUAUCACAUGGCCCUAUAGUGGAACCUCUAAAUUGCAACACUUCUCUGCAGUUUUUCAAUUUAAGCCAGUAGGUGAGUAUGAGUAUGCAACCAGUACCCAUCCCACRCUCUUUUCUCCUUGUCAAAAGCUAACAAAUUCAUGAUGACACUCUAAUAAUACAAAAUGUGCCAAUUUAUUAUAUAUCCUAAUUGCAAAAAUAUAUUUUAUAAUUCAGAGGUCUUUUCUUGUGCUGAAAACCAUCAAGACUAGUUUGGUGGCAAGGGGAAUGUCUUUUUUUGGUYGGGGCUGCAGUUUUUCAGCUGUGUGAAUUGCUUAGGCCAAUGUCCUAGUAAAACACUGGCAACAAUUUUGUAUUCAAGUUAUUAAACUUUUUUUGGGAAACUUUAA